AUGUCGCUCAACGUCUCGAGUACAGCCAGGCGGCUCGCCACACAGACUCUCCGGAGCUGCAGAUCUGCCCAGUCGACCAGCAGCACAGCCCUGCUACGGCCCUUCAUCUCAGCAUCCCCCUUCUCGACCUCUACACCCCGACCACAAGACGACCUUGCCCCUGCAUCGGAAUCUGCAGACCACCUACCUCGAUGGGCGCGCACACCGGAGCGUAUGAAGGCAACUUUUUCUCCACACAUCACAAAAGACCCCAAGAACUCAGUAUGGCACGUGAACACGGAUCCCGCCAAACUCGAUGACGCCCUGAACAACCUGCUCGGCAAUGGCGGUGAGCGCCUGCUUCCCGACGAGCUGAAGUGGCUCGCUGUGACGCACAAAUCUUUCGACCAAGGACGUAGGGGCUUCAACGAUCGUCUGGCUUACUUGGGACGCCAGAUCGCUGUUACCGAGGCCAUGCAGAGCAUUUUGAGCGAGACCGCCGGACCUCUGGGCGACCAGACUAUGGAGAGGGAUCCAUUCGAGGGCCGGAGGGAGCCUUUCGAGAAUGCCCUGUUGGACAGGGUGGACCGAUUGGCCUUCCAGUUACCAGAUUCCGUCUUUGACCUGAAGAAGAUGCAAAAGCUGGCUGUGGAGACGGGCAUUAACCGGGUGGUCAGGUGGAAGCCCAGAAAGCCCGAGAAUUUGAAAGUCUCCGGCAUUCCGGUCGUCAUGUCCGGAGCGUUAUAUGCCAUCAUUGGAGCUAUCGCGCUACAACACGGCGGAAAGGUCGCCAGCAAAAUUGUCAGAGAGCGCAUAAUAAGGAAGCUUCGGUAG